UCCAACAUGUCUGAAAGAUACAGCUUUUCUCUCACUACUUUCAGCCCCUCAGGGAAACUUGUACAGAUUGAGUAUGCCUUAGCAGCUGUGGCAGCAGGUGCUCCCUCUGUCGGAAUAAAAGCUACCAAUGGAGUUGUGCUGGCUACAGAGAAGAAACAGAAAUCCAUAUUGUAUGAUGAGAAUAGCAUACACAAGAUAGAAAUGAUAACAAAGAAUGUCGGCAUGGUAUACAGUGGGAUGGGACCAGAUUAUAGGGUAUUGGUAAAAAAUGCUCGUAAAUUAGCACAGCAAUACUACUUGCUUUACCAAGAACACAUUCCUACAGCACAGAUUGUACAAAGGGUUGCAAAUGUUAUGCAAGAAUACACACAAUCAGGAGGUGUGCGACCGUUUGGUGUAUCCCUCCUACUGGCUGGAUGGGAUGAGGAUGAGGAAACACCAUACCUCUACCAGUGUGAUCCCUCUGGAGCAUAUUUUGCUUGGAAAGCUACUGCCAUUGGAAAGAAUCAUGUGAAUGGAAAGACAUUUUUAGAGAAAAGGUACAGUGAUAAUCUUGAGUUAGAAGAUGCCGUCCAUACAGCUAUUUUGACCUUGAAAGAAAGUUUUGAAGGACAAAUGACGGAAGAUAAUAUUGAGAUCGGAAUCUGUAAUCAGGAUGGCUUUAAAAGAUUAUCACCAGCAGAGGUCAAAGACUAUUUAGCUUCUGUACAGUGAUAGACUUGAAUUUUCAGGAUGGUACUUCGUCUACUGUGCUAUUUCUUAUUGACAUGUUGUUCGUUGUAUUUACGAAUAUGCUGACUGACAAACUCUACAUGUAAAGUAUAAAGAUUUGUACUUUUAUCAGAAAAUAUGUAUUUUUCCAUCCACAUUUGAAAUGCUAUACUAAAUUUUGGAAUGAGUUAACUUCUAACUAUGUAUCGACUUAACAAAUCAAGGUCAGACUCGACACAAUUUGUGAUAGAUCUAGAUCAUUUGAAAUAUCAUAUCUAUUAAUGGUCUUCAGUUUUGCAGAAUGUGUGUCAUUGUAUCCUUUUGACAAGUGACAAGUUAAAACAUAAACAAGGACUUUUCUAAGUUGUCAUAAUGUUGCUGCAAUUACAAUUCAACAGAAAUAGUGCUAAUGUUGUGAAAAAUAAAAUUGUAUUCAGAGUAGAAUUCAUAUUGAAAUAUUCUGCAAUGAUUUAAAGAUUGAAGUUGUACAUUUGGAUUGCAUUUUAUGAAAAAAAAAUGAGAUAUAGGAAUAUCAUUGUCAUACAUUUCAUUAAAAUAUGACUAAACGAUCAUACAUA